AGAGUUGUCCGCACAUGAAGAAACGACGACAUUGUGACACUGAUGUGACCAAUGCGACAUUGUGAUGGGAGUGACCGAUUAAAACUGUACAAUGACCAGAUAAAAACUGACACCAGGGAGAUAUGUCUGCAAGGGAGAAAUAAAUGAGAGGAAACCUGCCAGGAAGUACACCAUUAGACACACAGUGAUAUAAGUGGCAGGUAAAGGUAUUACUGACAAAACAGAUGAAUGAUGAUGCUUGCUUGGCUAUCAUGCUGUCUUGAACCGCUGAAUCGGCCUGUGACAUAAGGGUGAAGGUGGCAGCAGCUAACUGAUUGGCAACCUGUGACAGUAGGGGUGGCUAAGGAGUCAUAAACAGCGCUUACUGGCUCAACAGCUUGUGAAAGGAGCUGGGGUAAGAAUGUGUACAAGCAGCCUCAGGACUCGGAACACCAGCUGCCACCAUAAUCACCAACACCGCUAUAACAGCUGCUGCCCACUCCUUGGCAAGUUAAAAACGUGGAUAAUCUGUUGCUAUCGAAGGUAAGGUAUCAUAGACACUCCGUCAAAACCUCCUGUCUGCGCGAAAACCUUUAGCAUGAAAAAAAAUUAUUUUAAAAACCCUGUGGCAUUGAUAAGUAAAGUUUCUUUUAAAAUUAGAUUUAGAACUAUUUGGGGGCACACGGCUGGUGUAUCUUAGGGUCUGUUACAAUCUUGGGAUAGGUUGGAAGAGUGGGAGGAUGAGGUGGAAUCAGCAUCAAGGGGAAGUAGGCAGACGCCUGAAGGUGUCGCAGUUCGGCUACCCCAAGCAUAGCUACUGUGGCCGGUUGGGACUGAGUGACACGACUGCCAGCAUGGCUAGGCUAACGGCAUCACAGGAUCUUUGUCAGUUGGCGUGACAGCUUCGCUCCGGACUAGCCAGUGGAAAGCGAUGGCAAAGAAAGAUAAUUUCACCGACUGCCUACUGUUCAACGCGGCACCUCGUAAAGCGCGGUUUGCGGCCCCUGACGAGCCAGGCUCCGCCUGAAGCAUCUCUUUGAUAGUGCCUGCUGCGCGUAUGGGGGUUCGGCCCCGGCAGUAACGGCGCGGCCGAAAGAUGUGCCGACAGAUAUUGAGACAUUUUAAGUGCUUCGGGUGGGUGUGGGGGAGUAGCGAAACGGAGAAAAGUAAGAGCGCUUCGGUGUUGCAGGCAGACGCUGAGCGCGCGCAAAAGACGAGUGGAAAAGGGAGAGCACUAGCGCGGAAAGAGGAGGGACGACGACGUGACGGCGCUUGACUCGCCCUCUUACUCCGAGGAGGCGAUAAUGCCGAACGCAGCAGACGUCAAGGGAUAGUGCACGUGCCAUCGUUCGUUUUGUGAGUGGAUUGGGGCAGACCGAUGGCCUGUAAAUCGUGGCUUAAAACAGCUUCACGCCGAUGGCUGGAGUACUUACUUUAAAAGAGGUGUCUCACCUGGUGAAGAACGAGAGGAAUGCAAUGCACGGGAAGUGUAAAUUAAAGGCUCCACGAGGUUAAUCCGAGACUGGCAUAACCUGACGUCUCUCCACUAGGAAGCGCGGUAAACACAAUUAAAGUGAUGUUCUGCUACAGCAAGUCCAGCUUUAAGGUGCUGUCGCAGGUGGUGCUGGGCAUAAUUGUGGUGGGUGUUCUUGUGCAUUAUGCCAUAUACUUCAACAACAGGCAGAUCUUGCAGAUCCACAGUGACAUUCUGCAAACCACACCUCGCCAGCUGAGGAAAGGGAACUGGAAUAUUUAUCAGAUGUCGGGAAUCACCCAGAACUUAUCUCGGAAUACCAGUGACAGCAUGCUGCUAGGGAACAGCAGCAAAAAUACAUCCUCUUCAGCUCUAAACAUUGUGAACCCCCAUUCUUUUUCCUAUAUAAUCAAUGAACCCACAGCCUGCACUGCCUACACCGAGCUCAUCAUUGGAGUUAUCACGGCAGUCCAGAAUUUUGAUGACCGCAUGGCUGUGCGGAGCACAUGGGGUUCAAAGGCUGCUGCUGGAUACAAUGUUACUGUAGUGUUCAUAUUGGGUGCUGGUCAACCAAAUCUGCAGGCACAGCUGAUGGCAGAGAGUGAUAAGUAUCACGACAUCAUCCAAGAGGAUUUUGUGGACUCUUACAGGAACCUCAGCAUCAAGUCUGUGGCACUUUUGAAGUGGGUGAUCACAUAUUGCAACUCUUCCAAAUACAUGUUAAAAGCUGAUGAUGACAUGUAUGUGAAUGUUCAAAACCUUGUCCAGGCCUUGAGAAGUGAAUCUAGGACCGAUUUUGUGAUGGGACAUUCAUUUAUAGGAGCGAAGCCUGUUCAGAAUAAAAAUUCUAAGUGGUAUACUCCCUUAGAAGAUUUCAAUGAAAAGGUUUAUCCCAAAUAUACAUCUGGGACAGCAUAUGCAAUGUCAACAAAAGCAUCAUCAUUGCUGUAUCAGGCAUCACUUGAAAUCAAACUAUUUUGGCUGGAAGACAUCUAUAUCACAGGAUUAUGUGCUCGAAGGGCAGGAGUAUCUGUAGUACACAAUGGUGGGUUUAACUAUCAGAAACUGAAUGCCUCAGGGUGUGUCUUCCGUAAGGCCAUUACAGGACAUCAGUAUUCUGCAGAAGAGAAACUUUCCAUCCACACACAAGUAAAUGAUCCAAAGUUGAAGUGUUUAUAAUAUGUACUGCAUUUCAUUUCUCUCUUCUUUUUUUGAAAAAUUGAUUCUGUUGAGGAUCUGUGGUGUCUUCAGCACUUUGAAAGUAAUUGGUGCUAAUUUUAUAAUAGUUAUCCACAGUCCUCCUUAAUGUUAUUUUGUUACUGACCCAGAAUGUCAAGGACCAUUAUUCAUGAUGUGAUACUUGUCUAUCUCACUUUAACACGUGUGUGUGAGAGAGAGGGGGGGGAGAUUGUUAGAUGCAUGUGCAUAUGUAUGCACAAUUCUGUUUAUUCAUAUCAUAUCAAGAAAGAUAUUGUGAAUUGUUCACUGACCCUCGUGGCCAGUGUUUUCAACACGUUCCAGUGUUCCAGUACAGACUUUACAGGGCUGAAGAUUGUCAAAACUUGCAAAACUGCUGGGCAGGGCAUUUUCACUUUCUUAUGUAGUGUUCUUGAACUCAGACUAGGCAGCUUUUUUUUUUUUGGUAAGGUGUGUUGCCCCUGGACCAUUCUGAUGUGAUGGAGACUUUCCAAGACAUCAGAUAUACUGGAUGUUUGGUAGCAGCACAAGUCAUCACCAAGUUAAUCCACUGACAUUUGUUUUUUGUCAUGGGUCAUCCCACCCUUCAACUCUCCACUGCUCACAGAUCACAUCAUUUGCCAUCAAAGUUUCCAUCCCCUCAGCACAUUCUCUCUCACACACACAUGACUUAACUGGUCACCACCGUGCGCACACACACAUGCAUGCACACAGAGUCAUCAUUUUUGAGUUGGGUUUUAAUGUUUACAUUUUACUAGAAGUCUUCUGUGUUCAUCCUUUCCUUUGGAAUAACUAGGCAUCUGCAGAAGAGAUUAGGUAUGUUUAAAAUAUAUUUUGAUAACAAUUUUUUUAAGAAAUUACGACUUUUGGCAAUAGACAUUUAUACUGCUGCAAACAGCGAACACAUCAUGGUUAUCUUAGAUGUUGGAAGUUGCAACAUCUUGUAUGUCUCACGGUUUAUUUUUUUACGCAGAGGAUGGAAGAGAUGGUAUGCCUGCAAAAAGAACUGGCGGAUGAUUAGACAUGGGAGAGAAAAGAUAAGGCAGAUUUAAUGGGUCAGAAAGAUGGAACAGAUCUAAUGGCAAGAAAAGCAGAAGUUAUUGCAGAGUUUUGGGCAAAUGCAUGCAUAGAAUGGGAAGUUGCACCAUCUGUGUGUUCCAUCAGCUUGAGAUAGGAACUAAAAAAUGACUUAGGUUGAUUAACAUGCAGCAGGAAAGGCUGCAGUGUUUUUUUUCUUUUGCAUAGCCUUCUUCUGGCCAUUUGUUAGUAGUUGAAAAAGAGUGGGGUUUUUUUUUGUGUCAUCUUGUUCUAAAUGGGCUCGUGUACUACAGAAACCUAUAACACUAAAAUGAAAAAGUAAAUUGUGUAAUGUGUGCAAACAUUCUGUUGGUUAAAUGAAGAAAAAACUUCUUACUGGUUGUCUUGCUUUUUCUUUAUGUGCACAUUAUCUUGAAAAAAUAAUUAAAUAUUGUUGCAAGCUGCUGGCUGCUAGAUGAGACAAGAGGGCAAAGAGGAGAAAAUCGUUUUACAGAAAGGUGAAGAGUAUAGGGAAGAGACAGCAUAAUAAGGCUUUGUUAUUGUCUUAGGAUUUCCCUUCAUGUUUCAUGAAGAUAUGUUUCAUGAAGAUGCUUCUGGAGAUUUUUUUUUCUUUGUAAAGCAUGAGAAAGUUUUUUGUUUCACUUUCCUUUGUGGUGGUGUUCUUUUUUCCUCUGUGGCUUUUGGGUGGUGGAGGAUAUAGACGGUUUGAAAAUAAAGUGUCUUCUCCAAAUGGAUCAGUUUCUUUUAAAUUUAGGUUCGAUCAUUUUGCACUCAUUGUUUAAUCUAUGAUUUUUAUGUACUUGCCAUAAGGUUAGGUAAAAUCAUGUUCAUAGUUUUGGCCAGUGCCCUCAGCCUUUGAGAGACAUUGCUUCCUUUGAAGUAUGAUCAACAGUUUUUUUGUGUUUAUUUUCUGCAUAUGAUUUGCUGAAGUACAGAAUAAUUUCAUUGUGGGCUUCUGCCCUAAAUAUUUUUCUUAACUUUAUCCCCUAUAUUGCAACCAGAUAAUUCUGAAUAGUGGAACUCAUUCCUCUUCCACAUCUGCCACUUAUCCACAAUGGAAUCAUAAAUGUGCAUUAAAAACAUGAACUGCUUCUGACAACAGGUUGAAACCCUCUUACACAAUACCAUUUGUCUAUGAAGAAUUUUAAUACAAAACACAUUUAUCAAAACAGUUUCUAAGAUUUCCUUACUAUCUAUUCAACAGAAUAAACUAUAAAAGAGUAUAUUGAGAAAGAAGUCAGUUCUUACCUAAACAUAUGUUUCUUACAUUGAUGUGUUGUGGUAGCGAUGAUAGUGAUGGCACUGAUAGAGAUCGUAAAUCUUUAUUAUUAUUCAUUAGUAAACCCAAGUCACAGUGACUACUUUUCAUCAUGAACCAGGAUGUCACAAGCACUAAUGCCCAUUUAUUAUUUUUUGCCAGAUUCGUUGUUGCAUCAAACUAUGUGUCUAGAUUUGGGCAUAAUUUGCAUAAUUGACUGCCUGGAACACAUUGCAGUUGACAAAUGGAAGUCAGUGGCCAGAAUCAUUAGCUGCUUAUUGAGAAGGCACAACAUUGUUAUAGUCUGUUUCAUAUAAUUCUAAUCUUCCAAACUGCCCCAUUUGCAAGAAAAUGUAUAUAUAUACACACUUUUUUAAAUUGUCUACUCAGGAUAAAUGAUUCUUUUGUCAUGGUUAUUUGAUUUCAUUGAUAUUUUUCAUUUACCAAGAAGGUCUGGUACUUAUAAACCUUCUCAGAAUUGGUGGUUUUUAAACAGUGGCUUUGUAGCUGUUAAAAUAUUUGCAGUUUAGUGGGUUUAUUAUUUUCUGCUUCACACCUGCUUUGCCUUUUCCCCCAUGAACAAUUGCUUGAAGUGCUGUUAGAUAAUUUGUUAAGUGGUAAGACUAUCGAUCAUUUUCUUUGUGAAAGAGCUGUUGAGCUUGAGUUGGACUGUGAUAUACAUGUAGUACUCUUUGUACAAAGAAAAUGAAUUUGGAGAACUCUGUGUGUGUGAUGCCACACUUAAGAGUAUAUAUCACAUUCCACUGUACUAUUCCAUAUUUCUCUGUGCAUGCAUGUACGUGUGCGUGUGUGUGAUUGCAUGUCUGCUGAAGAUGCUUUGAUCACUUUUUAAAUGCAAAGGUUUCUUUCUUCAGGAUACCUUACCAGAUAAAAGCUCACCAGUUUUUGUCAAUUUUUUUUAACCAUUUUAUUUAUUAUGCUUUAUAUGUACAGCGCCCUUGACACAAAAUUAAGACCCACUCAAAAGCGACAAAUGUAACACAGGAAAAAUUGCAGUUUAUAGAGAUAAUUUCGAUAAUAAUGGCUUUCGGAACAAAGCAGUGGUAAUAAGCUAUGCAAGAUGGAUAAGUAGGCAUUUUGUUUCAAUAAAGAGCAGAUACUAUAACUUAGCCAAACAAAAUCUUGAUACAUGUCAACGGCUUGCUCGUCAGAUUUUUUUUCUGAAAAUUAAGCUUGCAGCAAAAAACUGCAGUAUUUUUAAAAAAAUUUUUAGUAUUUUUUUUUUUUUUACUAAAUUUUGACAUGUCUGAUGACCAAACACUUCAGACAAAUUCAACAGAUGUAAAAUUUCCAUUUAAAAAAAAAAAAAAUUCAGUCUUGUCUGGUGUGAAGGGAGGGUGAGAAUUUACAUGGAUUUUCUUGAUCAUGGAGGUGGAGUACCCCUGAACCCUAUGGCGUGGAAAGGAUAGCUUUUAAUGUGUUUAAACGUAUUUAGGUUGUUGGGGAGUAAGGUGUUAGAGACCUUACUUUUCUUGCAGCCUGUUUUAUACAAGAGCAAUCCACUAUCUAUUUAAUUUGGAGUUCGUAUAUAGUUGCCCAUUAUCCUUUAAUUCAGGAAGGUGAGCAUAAAACGUUUAGGGAAUAAUUUGGGUGUUUGGAAUGGUUAGAUUCAGUUGUGUUUGUUGGAUUUUUAUAUUAAUCCAUAAAUUUUCAGUGGGAAAUUUUAACUAUUUAAACUUACCUGAAACCAUUCAAGCAUAGUGUCCACCUCUAAAAAUGUAUUUGCAUAUGAUGCCAUACACAGUGGAUGAGUUUGAGGUCAAUAAAGUCUAACAGAGUGACUUUAAAAAAACACUUUCAACCCAUAUUUAAAAAUUUGUAUGAAAUGGUUACCUGCAUAUUUAUCUUAUAGUAAUUAUUUACAUUUUUUGCAUUUCUUAUUUUGUAAUUUUUGAUCAUUUUUACUGUCUUUUUCGGAAGUUUUCUACUUUGCUAAAAUAUAUAUAUAUAACUGAAAUGAGAAGUACAAUUUCUCUCACAGUAGUGGUUUGAUACUAAACAUUACUUGAUGAAUGAAAGAGUAGACAGACAGAAUGCUUUUCCUGUACAAUUCUGUACUUUGCAUCAUUGAUGGUUAAUGGUAUUUACAUAGUAAAUGAUAUUAUUUAUAUAUUCACUGCAUAUAGCUUUAUAUUGGAAAGACUUGAAGAAUGGUAAGAGGACAUUAAAAGAUGGUUAUAGAAGAAA